GCUCUUAAAGUAAUACCAAGAUGGACUUUAGAAGAAAGCAUCGGAAAGACUCAUACUUGUUUACAGACGAAAUGAAACUGAAAAUGCAAUGCAACAUAUCGCAUUUGUUUGAUUUCUCUCAGUAACUUUAAGAGUUUCCAACUGGCAGCAAAAUCAAAGAAUAAAGAUGAAUAAUACUUCGAAUCAGCAGACACCUCGGGUGUCAGUGUUUGGAUAUUUUAAAUCUGAGUUGACAAGAGGUUACCUGCUGGAAAGGGAUCAAGAAAAGUUUACAGAAAGAAGACAGAGAGUGUAUACAUUUAUGAAAACACCCAGGGAACUUGAAAAGUUCUUGUUUUAUGGGUAUUUGCACUUAAUGGAUGCAUUCCUAUUUAUUUUUACAUUCCUACCUCUCAGAAUACUUGUAGCAUUCCUCAAGAUAUUAACUCAUCCAUGUGGGUUACUCUCAUCCAGGACCAGCCAUAUAUUAGAGCCUGCACAAGCUUGUGAUAUUCUGAAGGGUAUUAUUCUAGUAGUAUGCUGUAUUAUAGUGAACUAUAUAGACACAUCCAUGAUGUACCACCUAGUUAGAGGUCAAGCUGUUAUCAAACUGUACGUCUUCUACAACAUGUUGGAUAUGGCAGAUAGACUGUUCUCAAGUUUUGGACAAGAUAUUUUAGAAGCGUUAUUUUGGACAGCAACAGAACCAAAAGAUAGAAAGAGAGAACAUGUGGGUGUCAUACCGCAUCUUAUAUUGGCUAUUAUUUAUGUCAUAAUACAUACAUUGCUGAUUUUGUUCCAGGCUACUGUAUUGAAUGUAGCAUUUAAUUCUCACAAUAAAGCUUUGUUAACAAUAAUGAUGUCAAAUAAUUUUGUAGAAAUAAAAUCUAACAUGUUUAAGAAGAUAGAUAAAGGUUUUCUCUACCAUAUAGCCUGUAGUGAUGUAAAGGAAAGAUUUGUAUAUGUUAUACUGCUGAGUGUAGUCUUCAUUAGAAAUAUGACUGAAUUCUCCUGGAAUCCAGAUCAUAUUUGGGUGAUUAUUCCAGAUGCAGUUAUGGUAUUAGUAGCUGAGUUGUUCGUAGACUGGAUUAAACAUGCUUUCAUAGUCAAGUUUAAUGAAAUACCAGCUGAUGUGUACCAUUCCUUCUCUGUAAGACUAGCAGAAGACCUUGUAGCCAACAGACAGAACAGGGCGUACAUAGAUUAUUCUGAUCUAUUAGCUAGGAGGAUGGGAUUUACUCCAUUACCACUAGCCUGUCUACUGGUCAGGAUAUGUACCAGAUCAUUUAAGAUAUCAGGUUCUCUUGGUAUCUGUAUUAUAAUUGCUCUAUAUAUAUGUUUGAUGACAUUUAAAGUCCUAACAAGUAUAAUAGUUCUAGGUAAAGCUUAUGAUCUCAUUAAAGACAAACCAAAGGAAACAGAAACAACAAAAUCCACAGAGAAACCAGGUCCAACAGAAACAGCUGAUGUAUUUGCUGACUCUUCACAAAUUCUUACACAGUCUAGCUUUGUGGAUAAUAUUGGACCUGAUAUUGAAAAACAGCCAAAAGGAAAUCUUAAUAAUUCUUUGAAAAGUGACAGCUCUAUUUCACAAAAGUCUAUGAUGAGUGACUUAUCCACAGAAAAUGUGACUUUUUCAGAUGAACAUAUAACAUCUUUACAAACAGUAUUUACAGAAGAAAUAAAUAUUUCUAAACCAGAAUUAUUUUCACAAGAAUCAGUAUCAGACAGUUAUAUAAAUAAGGAAGAUGAUACAGUAAUUUUAGAAGAGAAAAAAGACAAAAUUAAAGAAACUGUUCAUGAUAUUGAUAAACCUGUUAAACCUUAUGAUAAUCCUAGAGAAGAUGAAGUUAGGCACAGAAAAAUGACAGUAGAAAAUAAAGAUUAAAGACCUGAAUAUCUAUUAUUGUGACAGCAGCCUUUUUUUACUACUAUUUGAAAAAAAUCAAUGUGCAAUGAUUGUUUGUCGUAUCUACAAUAUAGGACAAAAAGCUAGAUUUGGGUGUUACUUUUCAGUGUCAUUGUUAACAUGUUGUUUGCAGCUUUUUAUAUCAAGGGUAUUAAAAAUGAGAGAAAAUCCAUAAUUAUAACAUACAUGCUGUUAAAAAUGUCAAAAUCGACCUACAUUCCAUUUAGACCAAAAUUGUCAGACAAUAUCUUAAAGGAGUUACAAUAUAUUAACAAAUUUCUUUUGAACAAUGUUUUAACAUUUGACUAUUUUUAUUUCAUAACUAUUACAGUGAAAGAAAUUAUCAACAAGACAAAAUUUACAAAUAAAUCCACAUUGUUGGUAUUGUCAAUAGAGACUUUAAAAGAGCAAUGGUUCUUAAAUAAGGAUUUUUUGGCCAAUUUAUUUAUUUUUACCAAUCAUUUUGAAAAAUGUAAUAGUUUAGUUUAAACAUAUUUAUUUAUAAUGGAUUGGGAAACAAGUUAUUGCAACUUAUACUAAUCCCUUUCAACUUUGCGCUUUAGAGUGCUGCCUAACCCUUGUAGAUUAGUCUUUUCUUUUUUUCGAAAUCUACAAUGGUGUCUUUUACGUGCAAAGAGAUAUUGCUCUUUCUUUACAUUGGUCAGCCAAUUAUAAUCCCCUUCCGACAGACUAUCAUUGCUUCCCAAGACUAUACACACAAAUGGUGUCAUGGGAGAUCCCCAGAAGGGGGAACGAACUAGAAACCUUCCCGUUGUGCUAACAACUACACCACGGCUCUCCUUAAAACUGUAAUAGAAUGAUUUAGAAAAAGUUAUCAGCAACACAAAGAUCUAUAAAUGAGUCCAUAUGAUAGAAAACUUCAAAUGAUGACAGAAGUUGUUUCCCCUCGAUUACAAUGUAAGCUUGAACAAUAAAUUACCUUGAAUUGAAUCAAAUGGAAUUGACAUUUUUUUGGUCUAUUUUAACUCAAAAACUAUAGUGGAGUAAGUGUCCAGCAAAAAGAGUCAAAUGAACUAGAUAUAUUCCCACACAGAUUGCAUUGAAUCAUUGUUAUCAUGUUAUG